AUGCCGUCUAUAUAUUACGGAAAUCCUGCUACCAAUGUUCUCCCAAUGCCGUCUAUAUAUUACGGAAAUCCUGCUACCAAUGCCCUUCCAAUACCAUUUAUAUAUUAUGGAAAUCCUGCUGCCAAGUACCAGUAUCUAACUUACAUAGCUUACAAAAAACUUUUGACUUCUCUUCAACACCUCACAUUAUGUGCACCAAAUACAAAACUGCAGAGGAGCGUCGAGAAGCAUGACUUGAAUCAAAAAAAGAGAGCUACGCGCGUCACCGACUUCAAGAACAGUAGGGGGGCAGAACUGGUUACCUGUGCAGGGACAACCCAAUAUGAAUGGUUGGAAUCAAAUGGCAUGUUGAUCGUGACUGCGGUAGACCAAGAGGGCUGGGAUUCGGUCAAGCCAGGAUGUGAUGCAGGGCUCGCUGAGGCCAAGGAGUUGCUUCAGCAGGCAUACACCUUAUGCACUGAUGCCCGUGCAGUUGAGGGACCUCUUACAGAUCAAUUAAGAGAUGGAAUAGCAUCUGCUUUAGAUGCAGUCAAGUUGCAUGUCUGUGCAUGGGAGGAGUUGUUGUUACGCUGA